AUGACAUAUUACUGUACAGACUGCGACAAACUCUUCUACGCUGGUAGAAAAGCUCGCGACCAGCAUUGUCAAGCGACAGGCCACGCCUCCCCAGCCUUCGAGUGCGAUAGCUGUAGUGACUGCUUCGACGACGAGUAUGAUCGUCGUCAGCACAUGAACCUUGAACAACAUUGGCGUCGAAAUGCACCUGAGUGUCAAUUAUGCGGCGAUAAAGCUGUUACGCAGGCUGAGAUUAGGGAGCACGAGAUUGAAAGUCAUUUUCACUGCGCGGACUGCAAUCGUGAGUUCAUGAACGCGAACAACCUCAGGAUGCAUUUGAAUUCCAAGCUUCAUCGCGUAUCAGCAGUGAAAUGUCCCUUCUGCAGAGCAACCUGCAGCACAGCAACAGGUCUAUCCCACCAUCUAGAACGAGGUUCAUGUCCUCACGUCCCCAUGGACCGCAGCAAGCUCUACCGCUACAUCAAGAACCGUGACCAUCGCAGUAUCAUCACGAACAAAGAGCUAGCAUGGCACGGUGAGAAGACGUACGCCAUCAACCCAACUGCAGCAUGGAACCCCUGGUCCAAAGCUUUCGAGUGCUAUCUAUGCCAUAAACUUCACACAACCCUUUUUGGCUUGAAGAAGCAUCUUGAGUCGCCGAGACAUCAGCAGAGUCAUAUCCCGCCAUACUGGGAAUGUCUUGGUUGUGGAAGUGGCUUCCGUGGCUCUUCAGAGCUGCGAUCUCAUCAAGCAUUCUCGUGUGCCUACUACUCUCCUUAUUCUCGCUAUGAGGGAUCCUCAGACUCGCGUGUCCCCAACCAGUCCAACGCCAGACAGCAUGGGCAGAACCAUUCCAACGUUCCAGGCUACCAGAGAGACGUCGCAUGCCCCUUCUGCCCGGCGCAGUUCAAUGCUGCCAGUGGCGUUAUCCACCAUCUUGAGCAAGGUGCUUGCCACAAUGCACCUCUCAACCGCGACCCUCUACGCCAGCAAGUCAGACGCCAAGAUCCCCAAGGCUCUAUGAGCAACAGACUCAUCAUCUGGAAGGAGACAGUAACCUUUCAAGCAACAGCUCUCGUCUUCAACGCUCACUAUGGACGAUACCAGUGCUCCCGCUGCGGUGACACGUUCAGACAGCUCUCAAGUCUGAACCAGCAUCUGGCCUCUCCCCGCCACCAGCAGGAUCUCUACCACUGCCCCAACAGAGGGUGCCACAGAGUGUCCACCACUCUGGCUGGAGUGAUCAACCACUUGGAGGGCGGGUCAUGCGGCUUCCUUCGCUUCGAUGCUUUUCAGUAUGGUAUUCGAGGCUCCUUCUCUUCGGGUGCAUGGAUUGCGUUCUAA